AGAACAUAUGCAAAUGUUUUUGAGAAGCUGAUGAGACAUCAAAAAUUAAAUAGCAUCAUCACGAAUUCACGUUUGUUCUACCAUAAUCCCGCAGCCCAAAGUAAAAUCAGUUCCGGUUUGUUUACCCAAUUAAACCGGUGAUUUAAGUAGGACCAACAUUCAACCGUAGUUUUAAUUUUAAAAACCCUCGUUUGUCUGUUGUCUUCUUCUUCUUAAAGUUGGAUGUUUCGGCUUCUCCGAUGCAUUUGCAUGUAUUGUCGAACUGAAAGUCUGUGACUUUCCCCUCUGCCAUAGAAACUAGUGACUAAGCACUCCCAACUCUCUCUCUUAUAACUGGAAGCUUUCACUGAAAUCACCAUAAUUUGGAUCUUCGAUUAAGCCAUUCGUAGCGAGGAGAUGGAUCGUGUCAGCAAUCUACCAGACGAGGUUCGUGGUCAUAUCUUGUCCUUCCUUCCCGCCAAGCACAUUGCUUUGACUUCGGUUCUCUCAAAGAGCUGGCUCAAUCUCUGGAAACUUGUCCCUAAUCUUGACAUUGAUGACUCUGAAUUUCUUCAUCCGGAAGAGGGUAAAGCGGAAAGGCAUGAAAUUCGACAGAGCUUCGUUGAUUUCGUGGACAAUGUACUGGCUUUGCAGGGUGAUUCUCCCAUUGAUAAAUUCUCUCUCAAAUGUAUAACUGGUGUUCUUCCAGAUCAUGUGAAUCGUUGGAUAUGUAAUGUGCUGCAGCGUGGUGUUUCGGAUCUUGAUCUUUUCAUUGAUUAUUCCUUGGAGGAUAUCGAAGAGGAUGAGGAUAUGCUACCUCAAGAGAUGUUCGUCAGCAGGACAUUGGUUAAGCUGAAAAUAAGAAGUGAUCGUUGUGUUGAUUGGUGGUGUGGAAAGGGAGGUACUUUCUUACCAAUGCUUAAAAGCCUUUAUAUUGACUCGGACUUGAUUCUUUGGGGUAAGAUGAAGAGGUUUCUUCAUUCUUUCCCUGUGCUUGAGGAAUUACGAAUGGCUAAUAUGGAGUGGACGGCUUCUGACGAAACCGUGUCAAGUGCAAGCCUCAGGAAGCUAAGUAUCCUUGGCACCGGUUGUGAAGACUAUGUGAAUCCAAAGAGCAUUUCUUUUGACACUCCAAGUCUGCUUUACUUAAACUGCUCUGAUUUAGUUGCCGAGGAUUAUCCAUUAGUCAAAAUGGGAAAGUUAUGUGAGGCUCGAAUCAACCUUAUAGUAAAAGAUGAUCAGAUCAAGCGGGUAAGAGAGCCAAAUAAUGAUUUGUUAGAGGGUGAUGUUGUUCUCCAAUUUGGCAAUGUCGUGAAGCUCAUGAAUGGCAUACAAAACAUUCAGACACUUUACUUAACUGCUGAUACUCUGGAGGUAUUUUCUCUAUGCUGUGAAUCAAUGCCGGUGUUUAACAACCUCAAAACCUUAGGUAUUAAGAGUGACGAGGGUCGCGGUUGGCAAGCAGUACCAGCUCUUCUGAGAAACUGUCCGCAUCUAGAAUUUCUAAUCAUUGAGGGUCUCUUACACUAUGUGACAGAUAAAUGCGGGGAUGCUUGUGACUGCAUUUCUCGGGAAGACAAAGGUCGUUCACUCACUUCUUGUCCCGUGAAGAAGUUAGAGAUUCAAGGGUUUAGAGGAACGAUGAGAGAGAUAAAUAUGAUUGAGCACUUCUUGAGGUCUUUUAAAUGUUUAAAGGAGAUGGGGAUAUUUGCUGAAGAAAAUGGUCCUACAAACUUUGAAAAUCCUGGAGCGUUUGAGUAUGUUGAGAAGAUAUUGAAGCUCUACAAUGAGUUAUCGAGUUGUGAUGUUUACUUCCUGGUGUGGGGUUACAUGCGUAGGAAAUGGACUGCACAGUGAAGUCUACGAGUAUGAAACGUUUUCAUGAUUUUGCUAAAGCCAUGUUUCAUUUGAUUUUUUUCUGGAAACUAAAAGGUGUCGAAUGGAUGUUUCGAUAGUUGACCCAAAACAGAGUAGUUUAUUUGGUUAAAAUUUUGAAAUGCAUUUGGACACAGUUUUUAUAGUUUUGUAAAAGAAAAUCCUUACGGCUAUAAUUGGUUACCUUUUUA